AUGAAAGAUAUUACAACAACAUGUGUUGCUGCUGUUUAUUCAGAAAUAGAACCUGAACCACAAUUAAAAGAUAUUGAAAAAUUUAUGCGUGAUCAUGGUGCUGAAUUAGUAUUAGAUUUUAGUUCUGAUGAUCUUGAAAACAAACUUGAAUCGAUUAUACGUGAAUUAAGAAAUGUUCUUAAAGAUUCUUUACUAGAAGGCGAAAUGGAAAUGUUUCUUAAUUCCGUUAUGAGUUUAAUAUUGGUUGUGCCUGAAGAUAAAAUAAAUCGACCAAUUUUAAAUUUUUCGGAAGCUAUUGUCAAUGCAAAUCUACCCGAAAAAUAUGGACCAAUGAAAAUCCGAGUGUUAACAAAUUUAAUUUAUGUUAUACCAGAACAUGCUAAUACAGAUAAAUAUCGUAUUCUGAUGGAUUUGAUUAAAUGUGCUCGAAAUCAUCGAUGUAUCAAUGCUGUAUCAGUUGGAAUAAGUCAGGUGAAAAAGUGGGUUAAAGAAUGGAAAGUUUCAACGGAACAAGUUCAAGAACUCUAUCGAAAUAUGCAUGAGGCAUAUGCAGCAAUUGGUGACUCAACAAAUGCAUUACAACUUUUACUUGAAUUACUUGGUACAUAUACUAAAGAAACAGCAUCAAAAGCUCGUACAGAUGCAUUCAAAUGUAUUAUCAAUAGUAUUAAUGAUCCCAAUGUAUUCAUAAUGGAUCAUCUUCUUCUACUUGAACCUGUGAAAAUUCUUGAAGGAGAAAAUAUUCAUAAGUUAUUAAAUAUCUUUGUUUUGGGUCGUUUACAAGAUUAUCUUGACUUUUAUUCAAAACAAAAAUCAUUUAUUGAAUCAUCAGGUGUUAAACACGAAAGAAAUAUAACAAAAAUACGUUUAUUAACAUUUCUUCAAACAGCUGAAAGUCAAAAAGAAAUAACAUUUGAUGCAAUUGAAAAAGAAAUGCAAAUACCAUCUGAUGAUAUUGAAUCAUUUAUAAUUGAAGGUAAAUAUUUUUCUUCUGAAAAAUAUAUUAAAAAUAAUUCAAAUCAAUCUAUUUUAGCUGUACGAACAAAAAUGAUACGUUGUAAAAUUGAUCAUCUUGCACGAAAAGUUAUUAUUGAUAGUACAGCACAACGUACAUUUACAAAACAACAUUGGACAUCAUUAAAAGAAAAACUUGAAUCAUGGAAAUCUAAUUUAACUAUAAUUAAUAAUAAUCUUAAUGCAUUAGUCAAUGCAAGAGCAGUGACAACAUAG